AUGUCGAGUAUCGAAAUAUUAACAGUUGGAAGUAAUCCAAAUGUUGCAUUUUAUGCCUGGCGGUUACACGAAACACAUUCUUGUAAUGUUUCGGUGGUAAAUUCCAGAAUUAAGGGAAAUUGUAUCAACUGGAGAUCGCCUGCGUUGGGGACUUCUACAUUCAAGCCAUAUGAGAUAUACGAGAACUUGUCACAAAUCAGUCCCGGGUCAAGCAAAUAUGAUAUUGUUUUUAUCAGUUGUACGUCUUUGCAAGAUUUUCAGACUGCCUGCGCAGAUUUAGUGCCAUUUUUACACCUGAAGUCAGCCAUAGUUGUGGAAAGCACCGGAUAUGUUAAUUUAGAGCCUUUUGUUCAACUCAGCUUUCCUUCAAUGAAGGAUAUCACGAUUUGUUCGAUUAUGAACGAAUCAGACGUCAGACAGAUCGAUGGAGAUAACUUUACCCAUAUUUUGAGAAACAACGAUAACAGAAUAUAUUUGGGAACUUCGUUAACGAAUUCUAAUAUUUCAUCUACCUCAAAUGCAAGUUUUCAGAAGGUAUAUAAAUUAUUGCAAUUAGUUCAGCAAGAUUCAUCAAAUAAUAUUUCAUUAUUGAAAUCUGUUGUCCCUAAGGAGUUUAUGACCUACCAAUGGAAACUAGCAUUACCAAGAAUUGUUUUCAAUCCUUUAUCUGUUAUUUUUGAAGCCGAAGUUCCAGCUAAUUUAUCCAAUCAGAUUUUGUGCAAGCCACUUAUUACUGGUAUGAUCAAUGAAAUAUUUAAAAUCAUUAAAAAGAUGGAUUGUAAAUUAGUCAAAGGAUCUGAGAAUGAAGCUAAUUUGUUCAAAAAUUGGUGUAGUAGCUUCCCAGAGACUUCAAAGAAUCAAAACUAUUUAAACUCGCCUGCAUUGUUCUAUGAUUUUUACAAGCAACACGAUUUAAAUAUUGAUUUACUAUUGUUGCAGCCAAUCUUAUUAGCAGAUGAUCAUGGCAUUAGAACCCCAUAUUUGGAAAAUAUUUAUUCUACUAUGUGUCAAUAUAUUAAAAUCAAUGAUGCUGACACCAAUUCAAUCUUUUUCACCAGAAAGACUAUUUCGAAUAUCAGUAAGGCAAAAGUGAAUCAAGUUAAUGCUGACCAUGAAACUAAAUUAAACCAAUUAAAUAUUAUUACUAAUGAUUUGGCAAGGAUGGAAUCCAAUAAAAAUCAAUUAGAUUCUUAUUUAAAAGAAAAGGAUAUUUUAAAAGGGCAAGUCAUGGAAGACAUCAAUAAGCAAGAAUUAAAUUUAAGGAAAUUACAUAUUAGUGUUGACCACCAACAACAGAAGUUAAGCCAAAUUGAACAAAGGCUUGAACAAUUACAAUUACAAGAGCAAGAAAUGACUAAUAAUCAAGCUAAACAGAUGCAACCCUCUGGACAGCCAAAUAAAGAAGAAUCAACUUUACCUCAAAGUGGUAGCAACAGGACUUUCAGAGAAUCUGUUGUUCCAAAUGAUAAUUUGGAAGAUUUAACAGAUAUUGCGUUGUAUGGUGCUUCCUUAGCAAGCCCAGUUCCGAAUCAAGAUGCUUCACAAAAUAGUCAUGCAAUCAAUGGACACGCCGAUAUGAAUGGUCACGGUGUUUCAAAUAGAGGUUUAAUGAAUGGUGGUGGUGAACCUCUUCAUAGCAAUGGAAAUUCUCACCCAAAUGGCAACAUUCAAUUGGUGAAUGGUGAUCUUCCUCAACAUCUACACGAAAAGGAACUUGAAUUGCAGAAAAGAGAACAGGCACUCAUCAACAGGGAAUUAUCCGUACCUAAUGAAAACCAAAUUAAUGGAUAUUACGAUAAUGAACAACAUCGACAACCCCACCAUCCUCAGCAACAUUCACAACAACCGCAACCACAACAAUACCAGCAACCUCCUCCUGCUUUGCAUCUUGACACCCAACAAAAAAGUGCAAAUAUGCCACCUAAUCAACAAAUGUAUUUUAACCAAAGACAGUAUAAUAAUAACCACGGAUACAUGCCAUCUCCUAUGGAUCAACAACUCCCACACGGUUUACCAUCAAAUGGAUUGCCCCCAAAUGCAUUACCACCUAACUUACGAGUCAAUUCUAUGAAUUCAAAUAUGAAUAGGUAUAAUAUGCCUCCGCCUCAAAUGAUGAAUGGGAACCCACAUCAAGCAAGUGGUUAUGGAGGAAAACCACAGAGAUUAAGUUCAUUCCCAGCAUCUGCUCAUAAUUAUCAGGAUUUACAUCAACAACAGUAUGCUCAAAAUCCAUCUCAACAUUACAAUAACAUGUAUCAGAAUGGUGCACCUGUUGAUCACAUGGAGUCAAGGUUCAAGGCACAACCACGAAAGCAAAAUCGUCGUUCUGCUUUUCCUCAAAUGAAUGGUGAUUUAUCAGGCUUAGAUAUGGGUGGCAGAGGCGGUAUGCCUAUGCCAGGUGGACCUACUAACCCUGCUGCCACAAAAGCUAAUAAGCAUAGAUCAACCAUGGCGUUGAACUCUAAUGGUAACAGAACAAGUCCUCCUCAGCACAAAAAAUCUGUUAGUAGCUAUACUAUCCCACAGAGCCAAGGUCAAAGCCAAGGUCAAAGCCAACCUCAGGGCCAACCCCAAAAUACCUCUGAGGCUCAACAAUACAAUUAUGUCCAACCUCAGCAACAGUAUUUGCAACUUCCAAAUGGUUCAAAUGCAUCUAGCAAUUCCUCAAAUUCGGUUAAUACAAAUGAUACACCUCAAACUAAUGAUGAAGGUGUCCAAAUACAGGUUCCUAUUGUAGAGCCCAAUGCAAAGCCAUUGGGAGGUAUUUCUAAUCCGAAUAAAGAGGCAGAGACCAAGAAAAAAAGAGGUAUUUUCAGAAAGCACUAA